CUGCAAUGGUGCCCGGGUGGUGGGUGUGUGUGAGCGGGAGAGUGAGAGUGGGCCCGGUCCCCGCCCGCCGCCGCCAUGGCCCCCCGCUGGUGCGGGUUACCGGUGGGUGGGGGCGGGACUUCCGCUCGCAGGUUGUGUUGCGGCGGCGGAGACGGCGCGGGGAUCGCCACGUCGGAGACUCGGAGCCGGGGGCAUAGACGGACGGGGUAGACCAGCGGCCCCACACGGACCACACGGCGGCGGCAUGAGGGUGGCGGGCGGCCACUGACGGCUCCACAUCCACCCGCCAUCCAGCGGCCCCAUGUCGGCCCCGCACCGCGCACUCUCCCCGUGCUGAGUCCAUGGUGGCGACGCGGCGCCGGAGCCGCGGGGUUAAUGUAGUGCAGAGCGUGCUGGCUUUGGGCGGAUCGAUCGCACUGGUGCUUAACUGUGAGCUGGUCCAUGCCAUGCCUGGUGGUCGGCGGGGUCCGAGUCGGCAGCAGCUGAGCCGCUCAGCGUUGCCAUCUCUGCAGACCAUCGUAGGUGGUAGCUGUGGCAAUGGGACUGGGAUUAGAAACAGGAACGGUACUGCCAUUGGUUUGUCUGCUCCUCCCAUUACUGCCUUGAUUACCCCCGAGCCGGUUCGCCACUGCUGCAUUCCUGAGCUGCCCACAGACGGGUGCCUUGUCUUUGAGCUACUCUUCUUCAUUUACUUGUUGAUGGCCCUGAUCGUUCAGUACAUCAACAUUUACAAAACAGUCUGGUGGUUCCCAUACCUUCAUCCUGCAGCUUCUACCUCACUGAACUUUCAUUUGAUUGACUAUCACCUGGCAGCAUUUAUUACCAUAAUGCUGGCCCGAAGACUGGUGUGGACUCUCAUUUCAGAGGCAUCCCAAACCAGUGCAACCUCUGUGGUGCGAUACACUUUGGUGAUAGUGGCUCGCUUGGUACUCCUCACGAUGUGCGGCUGGGUUUUGUGCUGGACGCUUGUUAAUCUUUUUAGAAAUCAUUCUGUGCUGAAUCUCCUGUUCCUUGGAUACCCGUUUGGUGUUUACGUGCCGCUGUGUUGCUUCCACCAAGAUAAUCGGAUCCAGCCAUUGCCCGCCGACUGUGGUUUUCUAUUAAAUGACCAGCUCGAUACGGGCACCAUCAGGCCAAAGGACUUCUUCACGCUUCUCCGAGAAUCAUUCAGAGAACAGUUUAAUAAUCCAACAUCCAUCCCCGCUCACACCUGCCCACUCUCUCCAGAUCUUAUCCGGAACGAGGUUGAAUGUUUGAAAAUUGAUUUUAAUAAAAGGAUAAAAGAAGUUCUCUUCAAUUCACUAUUUAGUGCCUACUAUGUAGCAUUUUUGCCUCUUUGUUUUGUUAAGAGUACACAGUACUAUGACAUGCGGUGGUCCUGUGAGCAUCUCAUCAUGGUUUGGGUAAAUGCCUUUGUGAUGUUAAUGAGUCAACUACUGCCUCCCAGGUACCGUGAUCUACUCCACAAAUCAGCUGCUCACCUGGGGAAAUGGCAGAAGAUGGAGCAUGGUUCUUACAGUAAUACACCGCAGCACAUAUGGUCUGACACAACGAUUUGGCCACAAGGUGUGCUGGUUCGACACAAUCGGUGCCUUUAUAAAGCUGUCGGUCCGUGUAAUGUAGCAGUGCCUUCCGAUGUCUCACAUGCCAGAUUUUAUUUUUUAUUCCACAAGCCAUUACGGAUGCUGAAUCUUCUCAUCCUGAUAGAAGGCAGCAUGGUCCUGUAUCAACUAUACUCUCUGCUUCGGUCAGAAAAAUGGAACCAUAUACUUUCCUUGGCUUUGAUACUGUUUUGUAAUUACUAUGUCUUAUUUAAACUUCUACGGGAUCGGAUCGUGCUUGGCAAAGCAUAUGCUUACCCUCUCGGUACCAUUGGACUGAAAUCUCAUUAGGAGACCCCAACAGGAGGUUGGGGGGGAUUGGCGAGAAAGGAUUUAAAGAAAUUAUUUUGAUACGGUUUCUAUUUUUCAUGCAGUGUUUAAAUAUUUAAAAUAUUUUAUAUUUUGUAUACUUGGAUAUUUUGAAGAGCUAUUCUCUGCAUAAGCAAGUUGUAUUUUUUGUCUACUUAGCGACUUCACGUGCUAAGUGUGUGCUUUGCUCCAUACAACAAGUGCCAUUUAUAAUUGCAAUAAUCAACGUGUAGUAUUGAUCAGAGGAAUAAAGGAUAAUGAUACAAGAAAUCUUUUUGCUUUAUCACCUGGAGGUCAUUUUUAGGCCAUUAUCGUCAAAGCAUUUACAUGAAUGGAACUCUUGUUUUCAUAGUAAAUGAUUAGAUUUAUGGAUGUUCAAAUCUGAACUUAUUUUAAGAUAUAGGGGUUUACAAAAUGAUGUCUGAAUAACGUCCAUUCUCCAAUUAUUGUUUACAUGAUAGCACCUCUUCAAGACAAAUGUAUCAAUAAAAAUGAACAUUCCUAA